ACCUAAAAGAACCGAUUCAAAGAGUCGACUCUUUCCCGAACGACACCUCUCUGCUUGUCACUAACCGGACACGGUUUUGGACCGGGUGGUGACACAACACUGACAGGUUUGAAUCCAGUUGUGUCAACCAUCAGCCAUGGCGUUCAGCAAAGGAUAUCGCGUUUAUCACAAGCUGGACCCGCCACCUUACAGCGUGAUUGUAGAAACAAGAAAUCGCGAAGAAUGCUUGAUGUUUGAGUCUGCAGCUGUGGCUGUUCUGUCGGCUGCAGAGAAGGAAGCUGUCAAGAACACAUACACCAAGAUGCUGGAUGCUUAUGGCAUUCUUGGGGUUCUUCGUCUUAACCUUGGGGACUCCAUGCUGCACAGUUUGGUGUUAGUGACCGGUUGCAGUUCGGUGGGGAAAGUGCAAGAUUCGGAAGUGUUCAGGGUCACAGCCACAGACUUCAUCUCCCUGAAGAACGAUCCAUCAGAUGAGGACAGGAUUGCAGAGGUGCGAAAGGUUCUUAACUCUGGCAACUUUUAUUUCGCCUGGUCGUCCACUGGAGUGAGUAUGGACCUGAGUCUGAAUGCACACCGCAGGAUCCGAGAAGACACUUCAGACAAUCGUUUCUUCUGGAAUCAAUCCCUGCACCUGCACCUAAAGCAUUAUGGUGUGAACUGUGAUGACUGGCUGUUGAGGCUCAUGUGUGGUGGAGUGGAGAUCCGCACCAUCUACGCUGGCCACAAGCAGGCCAAAGCCUGUGUCAUCUCUCGCCUCAGCUCUGAGAGGGCAGGCACACGCUUCAACGUGCGUGGCACCAACGACGAUGGCCAGGUGGCCAACUUCGUGGAGACCGAGCAGGUUAUCUUCCUCGAUGACAAAGUCUCUUCUUUCAUUCAAAUCCGAGGAUCUAUACCAUUGUUCUGGGAGCAGCCAGGCAUUCAGGUUGGUUCCCACCGCGUCAAGCUGUCCCGCGGUUUUGAGGCCAACGCACCGGCUUUUGAGAGGCAUUUUACAGCUCUAAGGAGGCUCUAUGGUAAGCAGUUGAUCAUUAACCUGCUGGGCAUGAAAGAGGGGGAGCACAUGCUCAGCAAAGCAUUCCAGAGUCACCUGAAAGCCUCAGAGCACGCAAACUCUGUGAAGAUGGUCAACUUUGACUACCACCAAAUGGUGAAGGGAGGGAAGACGGAGAAACUCUCCACUGUGCUGAAACCACACAUCAGCAAGUUCCUGGAUGAAUGUGGCUUCUUCUGUUACUCUGCUGAGACUGGAAUUGAAAAAUGUCAGACUGGGACUCUUCGCGUCAACUGUCUGGACUGCCUGGACAGGACAAAUAGUGUCCAAGCCUUCUUUUCACUUGAGAUGUUACCCAAGCAGCUGGAAGCCAUGGGUCUUACAGAGAAGCCCCAGCUGGUGGCACGCUUUCAGGAGGUCUUCCGCACCAUGUGGUCGGUCAACGGAGACUCGAUCAGCAAGAUCUAUGCUGGCACAGGUGCUCUAGAUGGCAAGGCUAAGACUGGAAAGCUGAAAGAUGGAGCACGCUCAGUCACCAGGACCAUCCAGAACAACUUCUUUGACAGUUCAAAGCAAGAGGCUAUUGAUAUUCUGAGGCUGGGCAGCACUCUAAACAGUGACCUGGCUGAUAAAGCUAGAGCUCUCCUCACCACCAGCAGUCUGUACGUCUCUGAGCCCAUUUUACAAUCAGCAUCUCCCAGAGUGUUGCUGGGCAUGUGUCAGAACCACCACAAAUACACACAGCCUAAAAAGAUCCGUGUGUGUGUGGGGACAUGGAACGUCAACGGGGGCAAGCAGUUCCGUAGCAUUGCGUUUCGGAAUCAGACCCUCAACGACUGGCUGCUAGAUGCACCAAAAAAAGCAGGUCACCCCGAGUUUCAAGACAGCAGAACCCAGCCUGCAGACAUCUUUGCCAUUGGGUUCGAGGAAAUGGUGGAGCUUAAUGCUGGCAACAUAGUCAGUGCAAGCACCACCAAUCAGAAGCUGUGGGCAGCAGAGCUGCAGAAGAGCAUCUCGAGGGAACAUAAGUAUGUGCUGCUGGCCUCAGAACAGCUGGUGGGAGUUUGCCUCUUCAUCUUUAUUCGGCCCCAGCAUGCAGCGUUCAUCAGAGAUGUUGCUGUAGACACAGUCAAGACCGGAAUGGGUGGCGCCACGGGGAACAAAGGGGGUGUGGCUAUCCGCAUGCUCUUCCACACCACCAGUAUCUGCUUUGUGUGCUCACAUUUCGCCGCCGGCCAGUCACAGGUCAAGGAGCGAAAUGACGACUACAAUGAGAUCACUCGCAAGCUGUCAUUCCCUAUGGGCCGUCUGCUCGACUCCCAUGAUUAUGUGUUUUGGUGUGGGGACUUCAACUAUCGCAUCAGCCUGCCAAAUGAAGAGGUAAAAGAUCUGAUCAGGCAGCAGAACUGGGAUGCUCUGAUUGCUGGGGACCAGCUUGUGGAACAGAAGAAUGCAGGCCAGGUAUUCAGGGGAUUUAUUGAAGGAAAGUUGGACUUUGCUCCUACCUACAAAUAUGACCUCUUUUCUGAUGACUAUGACACGAGUGAGAAAUGCCGCACGCCUGCAUGGACCGACCGUGUGCUCUGGAAGAGGAGAAAGUGGGACUUUCAGAAAACUGCUGAGGAGUUGGAGCUGAGUGUAGUAGGAGCGCCAGUAGAUGAGGAAGAUCAGCACCUGUGGAGCCCUGGUGAGCUAAAGUACUACAGCAGAGCUGAGCUCAAGACCUCAGAUCACAGGCCAGUGGUGGCCAUAAUUGAUGUGGAUAUUCUUGAGGUGGAUCCAGAAGCACGACAUCAGGUGUACAAAGAAGUGAUCGCCCUGCAAGGUCCACCUGAUGGCACUGUCCUAGUGUCUCUGUGCAGUUCAGGGCCUGAUGACUACUUCGAUGAUGCUCUGAUAGAUGAGCUGCUGGACAAGUUUGCUAACUUCGGCGAGGUCAUUCUGAUCAGGUUUGUGGAGGAAAAGAUGUGGGUGACGUUUUUGGAAGGGUACUCUGCACUGGCUGCACUUUCACUGAGUGCCUCCACUGUGAUGGGGAAAACCAUAGACAUCCGUCUGAAGAGCCCUGGCUGGAUCAAGAGUCUGGAAGAGGAGAUGAGUGUGGAGAGGAUCUGUGGCAGCAUCCCCACCUCCGCCAGCUCCACGCUGCUCGCCGAGGACAAUGACAUGGGAGACGAGUUUGAUAUGGAGGGCGAUGUGGAUGAGGAGGUGGAGAAUAUUCUUCCCCAGCACCUGCAACCUGGGGCUGGUAUGGAUGUGGGUAUUUCCCCAGCACCCUCGCCCCGCUCCAGCCCGUGCCCCUCACCAACUCAUGGAGAGCCCGCACCCCCCUGCAGGCCAAGCAGAGCUCCACCACGCACAGCCGGACCUCCACAAGGAGGUCUCAGUCCAAUCACAUGUAGGAGGGAACAGGCAGUUACUCCUUUGGAUAGUCAGGUGGUAGGAGCUUCUGCAUCGCAAGGACUGGAACCAAAACGCCCCCCUCCCCCACGCCCCAAUGCUCCCCCUGCCAGACCUGCACCUCCACAGCGCCCCCCACCUCCCUCAGGACAAAAAAGCCCUGCUUUACCCAGAGCAGAUGUUGCUGGACGAGGCCAGCCUACUGGAGCUCCAAGCAGUUCAAGGCCGAACAUCCCUCCUAGGGCAGGUGUUAUCAGUGUGCCACCACAAUCUAGACCACCACCUCCUGCCCACCCUGGAGCUCCCAGACCCAUAGCUGAGGUUCACCCAGGAGCCCCCCGACCCACCCUAGAUAACCACCCUGGAGCCCCGAGACCUGUCCCAGAUGCACAAAACAAACCAGCAGAACUCCCUCUGGCACCUCCUCCCUCAUUGCCUGGGCCCAUGAGGCCUCAGAUGGUCUCUCCAAUGCAGCCUCAGGCCACGUCCCCCAUUCGGCCACCAAUGCAGGCCCAGCUGCCUCCACCCAUGGUACCCACGCUGCCCCCGCCCAUGGUACCUACGCUUCCCCCACCUAUGGUGCCAACAGUGGCAGCCCCUCUGCAGCCUCAGCCGGCUGCUACAAGCACCGGAGCAGCCAUGGCACCUCAGCCUGGCCUGGCAUCACCCAAACCACCACCCCGUAGCCGCUCCUCACAUGCCCUGCCACCAGAGGCUGCUCCUGCUCCUGCUCCUGCUCCUGAGUCUCAGACGAAUGGAACAAAUGGAAUCCAAAGAGAAGCACAAUUGAAAAUGGACCCCCUUGCCCCGCUCACCUCUGAUCUGUUCUCCUCCACUUCCUGGUUAAACAGCCAACCCCUGUCUAGGAGUUCUUCACACCACAGCUCCUUCCACUCAUCCACCAGUUCACGGUCUCUGAAUUCCACUCCAGUUCCUCUGUUUCCCCAGUCUAACCCUAUGCAAACCCUUGACCCCAUGCCAGCUUUGCUGGCCCCGCCCACUCCUUCCCGCAGCCGCUCACAGGAAACCCUCCCAGUCUCCCCGAACCCCUUUUUGCCUGAUGUCCAAUCUAGACCCAACAGCACCAACCCAUUUACUGGCACCAUGGCAGCAUCACAGCGUCGUUCACUCACACCUGACUUCGACGCCACGCCGGGCCUCCACAGAGCCGCAUCCACAUAUGGUCACAGCUCAACUCUGCCUUCCUCCUUCUCCAGACCAUCUCCACCAGCUUUAGCUCCACCUCCACCCAAAGUCCAGCAGUGGGUGACCUUUGAUGACGAUUCAGACUUUCAGAGGUCAGGAAAAGCUCCAGCAUCAACUGCAAUGAUGAAACCUUCACUGCUUCCUUUGUCCGCUAGCACUACAUUCCAGCAACCCCAAAGCAGCUUCUCCACCUCGGGGUUUGACUCUCACAGUAACUGGGCUUCCCUUACCACACCCGCAUUGCCAACGCUGCCCCCUCCUGUGCCAGGCAGGACUAACGCUAAAGCAAAUCCAAGAAACCCCCUGAUCCCUGAGUUCACGGAAAGAUAAUGUGUAUAUAUAUAUAUAUAUAUAUAUAUAUAUAUAUAUAUAUAUAUAUAUAGUAAUGUUCUACUGAUGUUGAGGUGUGUGUUGGGAAAACUGGAGAAAUUACUUAUUUAUGUGUGUGGUUUGUGCACAAGUGUGCUGUUUAAGUCAUGUCUCUCAGAAACGGAUAAAUCAGUCACUCAGCCCAGAGCAAGUCUAGAUUAAAUAUGACCAUUCUGGUGUUUCUAUCUGUACACAUAUUUAGAAAUACAUGUACACAUACAACUGUGUGUGAAAUUCUGUGCAAUAUUUUAUUUUUCUUCAGUCAGAUGCUUAUCAAUUAUUGCUUUUAUGCAUUUUUUUACCACUUUGUCAUUGGUUGUGCAGCAUUUAAAGUGAUUGCAAGCUGCAAAAAAAUGUCUCUCUUGAAUGCACAGUGUGUCUCAUAGAUUCUUAGAUGGAGAGAGCUAUUAGUCCUUUUAAUAUGGCCUCUGGAAUUUUAGUUUUAAAAAAAUAGCUACAGCACAUAGUACUCUGUAACCCCUUUCUAUGAUUUCUGUCUCAUUAUGAAUGUAUGUUCAGUCUGUUUUAUGUUUAAUGUCAUGAAAAGUGGUGCAUGUCUUUCAUUACCGUGUAACACUGAUCAUUUCUCUAAUUACACAGACCCACUUUUUUUCCUGUGUUCCUAUAUCUCUAGACCAACAUGCUCAAGUAUAUAACUUGUGGAUAUAUGUAUUACAUAGCCUUCAAUGUGGUUUAAAAAAUGUACAGUAGUCUAAAAUUUGUGUAUAUAUUAUAUAUUUGCUUGUAAUAUGUACCUGCCAUACUGGUAUUGCACUGAAAUGCUCUUAUCCUUUAGGUCUUCAAAUGUACUUUGAAGCCAGAGUUUUGAGUUUUCAGGUUUGAGAAAUCAGAAAGCAUAUCUGUUUCCUGGCAUGAGUGCUGUGUCCCCUCCCCUCUGCCCUCAACCGAGUGUGUAUUCCCUUGCUUCUGUUUCACAUAAUCCAAAGUGUUCAGCAGAACCGCUGUGCAUUUAACGAACGUGCUUAUUUUAGUGAGUUCUGGUGUAAGUCUGUGAUGCCAAGAUGUGCAACCCUGACCAUACCAGAAAUCUAUGUGUACUUAAUCUCACAUUUUUUUCAGUUCACAGUGAGUUGGUACUUCACUUUGAUUUCACUGGGAAUGUGGUUCUUUCUGUUCUUUGUGUGAGGAGAUAAUAUGCCAUGUCUUCGCGAGUGCUCUCUGUCUGCAUAUAUGCACUGCGUACGUCUGUGCUGAUGGGGUGAGUUUUUUUUUGUUGUUGUUUGAAAAGCUUACCUAGCAGUUUGACUUUGUGUGCAUCCACUCUUCUGGUUCAGAAUGAAUCAAACAGGGCCUUUAAGCAUGUUAAAACACGCACAGUAGGAAAAUAUAUCAGUUACAUGUUCCUUAUCUGAUUAGCAUUACCUUAUUGAUGCCCAGUGGUGUUGGUUACCUCCACUGUGCAAAUCAUGUCAUCACCAGUUUGGAAGUCAUAUUACUGUCUGUGCAUUCCAUACUGUAUUGCUGUUUUGAUCUGGUGAUUUGCUCUUGAUAUUUUCUUGGCAUUUGGGGAUUAAUAUCUUUUACUUGUGCAGUGUUUUGUUACACCACAUUCAUUCUUUGUUGAAGUGUUGGUGUUAGUACUGCUCUAUUUACAGUAUUUGAAUUUCAGUCAUUCUUUAGUUACACAGCUGCAUAACUGAAUACUUUUAAUUCUUAACUUGCUACAUUUAAAUCAUCUUAAGAGGGCAUUCUGUGGGGAAAAAACAGCGGCAAUCUGACAGGGGACAAAGGGUACGGGAGACAAGCAAGCCACCUCAUUUUAUAGUGAGUGUCACGUUUUUUGACACUUUCGACAGUUUCAGUUUUGUGUUUUGAGUGUGUGUGAAAUGUCAUGGCAUGUCAUUUCAUUUCAGUAUGAUCCUGUAUUCAUGUUGUCCAUUGCAUAUGGAGGGCUUGCUUAUUGACCAGACAUAAAGUCAUGCAGGUACAGCAGGUAGGCUACAGAAAAUGUACCUUUAAAGCAGAUGCUGUUUGCACACUUUACUCUCUACUCUCUACAAUCUUUUUUUAAAAGGAUGUAGCCAUUGCAAAACUUGAAUAAUUCCCUUGAGGUAACGUAAGAAAAAGGAGGUGGCCGUUAUUACAUCAGUCCUAAAUUUAACCCCCUCUAAAAUAUGACUGAAUGGGAAAUUUUUUGUGUUGAUUUAUUUUGGCUUUUGGAAAUAAUGUAACCACUGGAAAAUAAUAGCAUUACAUGUACUGUUCAGUUGUAUUCAGCUAAUAAUCAAAUCAAGUCAUGCAAAUAUUUAACUAUUAACUCAUUUUGUGAUGUUGAUGUUUGUAACUUUAGCUCAGUAGUAGAGAUCCUUGUGUUAACUGUAAUUAUAGGUAUACACACAAACCAUGACUGGAGUUUAGUACUUGGUAUUCAACCUGUGAUUUAAGUUCAUAUCAAAUUGCACAAAUGUAUGGAGUAAUUGAUGUUGUACGUAUGCAAUAAUAAAUGUAAAUGUAUUAAUGUAAA